AUGAAUUUUUUUAUAUUUAUCUGUGUAUUAUUAUCAGAGGUUGAAAAUGUAGAAUUUGAAUAUCUUAAUAUUUACUUAUCUGAGACUCUGGAAUUACCUACCUUACCUGAAAAUUGUCAAAUUGUACCUAUAACUAAAGCAACAGAGGAACCCAUUGUUAUUGAAAUGACUGAACCUACCUUACUUGAGACUAUUAACUAUAGUAGCAUCACCCCUUCCACAUCUGUUACUAGCCAUAAUAAUAUAGACAAAGAAAUCAAUGAUGACAGAGUUUCGAUUUCUCCGAACCUGUCAUUUGCUGAGAGUAACGUUCAAGAAUUAAGUCAUGAAAUUGGCAGUAUGAAUUUACAUGAAAUCUAUGUUCAAGAUGGUGCGAAUAAUAUAGAAGAUGGAAGCAACCACGAAGACUUAGUUCCUUAUGAUAUUCAUUCUGACUCUAUGUCUGAUAGCGAUUAUCCAGAUAAAAGUAAAAAACGAAAGAAAAGAGCACAAAUACAAAAGUCUAAUUGGUUUGCAGAAAAAAAUAGAAAGUUAAAAUAA